AUGCGGAUCGCGUGCCUUCAGUUUGCGCCGCAUGUCGCAGAUGUGGAAAACAACCUCAACAAGGCGGACGAGGUCCUCAACCAGGCGGACUCCGACGACCUGGACCUAGAUGUCUUGGUGCUUCCAGAACUGGCCUUCACCGGCUACAACUUCAAGUCUCUGGCCCACAUAUCUCCCUAUCUCGAGGAAUCUAGCACGGGAAUCAGCUCGCUGUGGGCUCGAAAUACAGCCCUCAAGCAUGACUGCACCGUCGUCGUGGGGUACCCCGAAAAGGUAGAUCCGACGCUGAAUUGGCCUACGGACCCCCAGUAUUACAACUCGGCGAUUGCAGUCAACGGAGACGGCGAGACAGUGGCCAACUACCGCAAAACUCAUCUGUAUUACACCGACGAGACGUGGGCCUUGGAGGGUUCCCAUUUCUUUGGAGGACGGCUUCCCGGCUUAGGCCAUACCGCCAUGGGGAUAUGCAUGGAUCUGAACCCUUACAAAUUUGAAGCUCCGUGGAACAAGUUCGAAUUUGGGCAACAUGUCUUGGACAGCGGUGCUCGACUCGUCAUAGUUUCUAUGGCUUGGCUUACCAAUGAGAAUCCUCAAGAGUUUACCAGCACUCCUCUAGAACCGGAUACCACGACUUUAUUGUACUGGGUGUCUCGCCUUGAGCCACUGAUUCGGGUAGAAUCGAAUCAAGAAGUCAUUGUCAUCUUUGCGAACCGCUGCGGCACCGAGGACGAAGCAACUUAUGCCGGUACCAGUGCUGUCGUUGGCAUACAGUCUGGCGAAAUUUGGGUGUACGGUAUAAUGGGUCGUGGGGAAACGGGUCUUCUCGUCGUUGAUACCGAGUCUGAGCCGUAUGCCAGACUG